ACUUUCCAAAGAUGAUCUUUUGUCUCAGGCUCGAACUGGAGCUGGCCGCGAAACGUACGCGCCAGAGGCUUCCGUACCAGCGGCCCCCUUCACGUGUUCUGUUCCUCUAGGCUCGUCUGCCCUCACGCGCCACACACUCCUCCGUUGUUACCCACAAAGAUAAGAGGCCUUCCUCGAACGUCGAGGCCCGUUUCCCGAGGAACGCGCGCAGGGCGCCGCGAGGAGGAGGGUCUGCGCGCCAUCCCUGGCGUCAUGCUGCGGAAAGUCUCGCGUGAUUAGCGCGGAGGCUAGUAAAAAGGUGAUCCCAAGAAAAUGGCUUCUUCUCCAAAGGAGGUAGAAGAAGGUAGUGAAGAUGAGGAAAUGUCAGAUGGAGGAGAUGAAAGCAGUGGAGAAGAGGUUAUCAUUCCUCAGAAAAAAAGAAAGAAGGCUACUACAACUCCAGGAAAGAAGGUGAUGUUUUCUCCAACAGAAAAACUUACAGUUGUCAAUCCUGGCAAAGAGGCAGCAAUUACACCAGCCAAAGCCAUAGCAACUCCUGGUAAGAAGGAAGCAGCCACCCCAGACAAGGGAGCAAGGAAUGCCAAGAAGGAAGAUAGUGAUGAGGAAGAUGAGGAUGAAUUUGAGCCAGCAGUGAUGAAAGCUGCUGCUGCUGCCCUUUUCUUGGAUGAUGACAAAGAAGAUGACUCUGAAGAAGAACCUCUGGAGAUUGCACCAGCCAAAGGCAAGAAAGCUCCUGUAAAAGCUGUUCCCGUGAAGGCCAAGAGCACAGAAAAUGAAGACAAAGAGAAUGAUGACAAAGAGGAUAAAGAUGAAGUUGAGAUGGAGGUGGAGUUGGAAGAAGAGGAAGAUCAUAUUAAAAAAACACCUGAUAAACAGAAGAAGAAAAUGGCCAAACAGAAGGCUUCCCCUGAAACCAAAAAACAGAAAUUAGAAGCUGAACCACCUGUAACUUUCAAACUGUUUGUUGGAAACCUGAAUUUCAACAAAACUGCUGCUGAACUAAAAACUGGUCUCAGGGAAUUUUUUGCUAAAAAUGAUCUCACAGUUGUUGAUGUCAGAGUCAGCUCAUCCAGGAGAUUUGGUUAUGUGAAUUUUAAAUCUGUUGACGAUCAGGAAAAAGCCCUGGAACUCAGUGAGACAAAGGUCCUUGGGUAUGAAAUUAAAUUGAAGAAACCAAAGGGAAAGGAAACAAAGAAAGGACUCAUGCCCUGGCUACCUGUAGCCCAUCCAGCUUAAAGGUCACUUCCUCAGAUCCGGAAUCCUUUCCCUUACCCCAGAUGAGGCUGUCUUCUCCACUAAAUGUUCUCAUCUCCCCUUUUACUUUUCUUUCCUGGCACUUAGCACAAUUUGUAAUUACGGGAUUGUUUAUGUACUGGUUUUUCCCCAACAAGACCACAGUCCUGUAUUUUCACAGCCAGCAUGAAGCAUAGGCCCUCGCCCAACCUAUAUGUUCAAAUAUUUGUUUAGUUCAAAUAUUUGAAGGAGUAGGCAUCAUUGUUUCCUCUCUUCAACUCUUGUGAAAUAUUUUUUUUCUCAGAGAACUUUUGAUGCCUAUGAGAUCUAA